AUAACGCCGCGGUGUUUUUUGUUUCAGGCCGCGAUACUUCAGCAGACUGCCGAAUACAUAUACCAGCUGGAACAAGAGAAAACCCAACUGCUGUCGCAGAACUGUCAAUUGAAACGACUGGUGAAUCAACACGAGGGUGGCGAUGUUCCGAUUAAGAAACGCAAACCGGACAAUCAAGGAGGUGUCGUGGUCAGUUUACCCAUGCACGUUAGCGAAAGCGGUGACGAAGGAUUGGGCAGCAUGUCCCCCGAACCAUUGUCGGUAAUAACGGUGACCACAGAGGGACAUUCCGUGGUUAACAGCGAGGUGGUGGAGCUUAGACGACAGUUGGAAAGGGAGCGUCACGCGAGGUUGCAUCUAGAGAAGCAGAUGAGAGCUAUACAGAGUCAACUGUAUCCGGAGAGAUUCAGGGACAAUCAGCUGAUCACUUAUCAGCCUCACGAGGUAAAAAUCGUCGAGAUAACAUUGCAACUUUUUAAACCUCUCGGAAUCCCGUUUCAAAAAAAAAAAAAAAAAAAAAAAAAAAUAAAAGUUA